AUGAAACUGGAAGUGCGCGUCGUCCAACUGAAGACGUCACUUUGCCAUUUACCUCGCUUUGACCUGAUGGCCAACAUUCUUGCUUUCCUCACCGCGUUUGCCGCCAUGGCCAGUGGGACCGCGAACCAAACCGACGACCACCAGCCCCAAGCGGCCACAAUUUUUUGCUGGAAGGCAACGCAAACACGCGGUGUUGGCCGUGUGCCGGAAUCGUGCGCCGCCGGAGAAGAACGCCUAGGUCUUCUGUGCUACGACAAGUGUCCAGUGGGCACGGCCCGCGUAGGCCUCGACUGCCACUCGAUCUGCCCCGCUGGGUUCGCGGACCAUGGACUGUUUUGUCGCUAUAGUGAAUACGGCCGGGGGGUUGGUUGGCCAAUCAUGUGGAAGCAGAAAACACGAUCAAAGUGA